AUGUCCGGAUCUUCAGGGUACGGAGCGGCGUCUCUUUCCCGGGAGUUCGUUUUUGACAUGAGGCAGCACCCGUCUUCCCCGCCCCGCCACGUGUCCGCGCGCUGGUCCGGGGCUUCGCAACCCGCGCACGCGCAGCCUCCGCCGAAGGAGCUUCUACGCAGCGACGAUGAGGAUGAGGACGGGAUUGAGGACCCGGAGGACACGGAACAGCCCCCCCCCGCCCGGCGCGCGCACACUGCGUCGGACGCCAUGCGCGGAAAGAAGGGCGCGCGCGCCAUCAGCGGCGCCAGCGGAAGCGGGAAGGACGCGGGGUUUGCGCACAAGGGAAACGGUCCGCUGAGCCCCAGUGGCGGGUUGGGGGCAGUGUCGCGUUUCCAUACCACCAGCAACGCGGAGAGACGGCACAGGGCGGAAGGCGGAAGCACGGGGGGAAGGAGAACGUCUCUGGAGGGCGGAAGCAUGAAUAAUUUAGGCGGAAGCAUGAAUAAUUUUAGCGGCAGCAGCGGGUUCAGCAGCAGCACGGGGUCGUUAAGAGCGUCGGUCGACGCGCCGCAGAAGUCGUCCUCGAGGCGCCUGUCCGCGUCGGCGUCCUUCAAUCCGCGCUCCUCGCACGCCGCGACCACGUUCAACCACUCCGGACCGCACGCCGCCGCGCAUUCGGGUCCGCAGGCCGCGCUCUCCCCGCGCGCGGGCGGCCCAUCCGGCGGCGGAGGGUCGAAUCUCGGUUCCGGCCCUCAGUCCAGGUCCGGUAAAUCCCGAGCCACGGCGAGCAUGGCCGAAGCUGACGGCUUGGGGCUAGGUUUGGACAAGCUGGACGCGUUGCGGCGGGAGCAGCAGCAGCAGCUGCAGCUGGCCGCUGCGGCCGCGGCAGGCCACGGGGGAGCAGCGGCAGCGCGGCAGAUUCUAGGGUUAAAAGAGAGCGAGAGGCGGAGAGGACCAGGCUCGGGAUCGCUCGUGGCUCGGGAUGAUGUGGGUAGGAACCAUCACCACUACCACCACGCGCAGCAGCAGCAGCAGCAACAGCAGCAGGGUCACCACCGUCAUCAGCAGUUACACGCCAGCAGCAGUGGUGGUAGCGGCAGCGGCGGGGGAGGGGGCGCAGGGAGCGCAGGCGGGGGAAGCGGGCAGUUCCGGCGGGGGACGUCCGCGGAUAACCGCUCCCCGCGCCACGCGCGAUUCGCGUCGGAGGUCCCGCAAGGUGGGAUGCACGGUAGCGGAGUGCACAGUAGCGAGGACGCGGACGACGCGGCGGCAGCGGCGGCGGCGGCGGCAGGCGGAGGGACGGCUGGGCGCGCGGCGAACCGAGCUAAGCUGCGGUUCUCCAAGUCGCUUAAGAAGGUCGCGGGGGAGGCGGCGGGGGACGCGGAAGACACUCCAGUGGCGGACUCUCUCCUCCGCCGCCCGCCUGCUCUCGAACUCGGCAAGCUGUCCGCGGGGGCGGCAGCAAACGCGUCGUUUUCCGGGCCAGUGGUGGUGGGGUCGGGGGAUGGGGGGCGGGAGGGGGCGCAAGCAGCGGGGGAAGCAGCGGGGGGGGAAAGGGGAAGGGCAGCGGGCGGAGGUCCGGUUCUGGAUCAGAGCAAGUCGGGGCGGAGGGCGUUCCUGGGGUUGCUCAAGGGGCUGCGCUCGCCGCGGCUGUCAGGCACGUUCGACCUCGCCACUGGCGCGGGGCUUAAGAGCCCUACAGGCGGAGACGACUGGGCCGCGGGCGCCGCUGCAGUGGGGGUUUCGCCGAGAGGAGCGGGGGGAGGAGGAGGAGGGGGUGGGGGUGCGGGGGGCAGGAGCGGGAGCCCCGCGGAGGCAGCAACAGGCGAGCGGAAGAGCGCGUCCCGCCCGUCCCUCUCCCCCCUGCGCAGCCCGCGGCUGUUCUCCUUCAGCGGAUCCAAACGCUUCGAUAAGAGCCCGCGCGGUAUAGCACACAGCCUCACAGGCACAGGCUCAAUGCGCAGCCCCCGAGGGGGAGGGGACGGCGGGGGCAGCCCGGAGGAAUGGACAGUAGGCACUGGCGGGAAAGAGGGCAUCUUAAAACGGGGAUACGCGGACGUGCGGAAGGUGUACGAGGUGGGGGAUAAGAUCGGCGAGGGACGGCCGGGCGUGGUGGUGUAUGCAUGCACGGCAAGGAGGAGUGGGCGCGCGCUCGCGUGCAAGUCGAUAGACAAGAAGACGCUGGAUGAUGAUAAGAAGGCGGAGGCUCUGCGGCUGGAGGUGGAGCUGAUGAAGCAGCUGGGCGUGCAUGGCGGCAUCGUGUCGGUUCGAGAUGCCAUUGAGGAUGAUACGCAUGUGCACCUCCUAAUGGAGCUGUGCAGCGGGGGUGACCUCCUCAACUUCGUGAACACGGCGCCAGCCAUCUCGGAGCAGCAGGCGGCCACCAUAGUAAGGCGCCUGGCGGACGCCGUGCGCUACUGCCACCGCCAGGGCGUGGUGCACCGCGACCUCAAGCCCGAGAACAUCCUCAUGGCCGCAAAAGGCGCCUGGUGGGACCUGAGGGUCGCUGACUUUGGCAUCUCCGCCAUGCUCAAGCCAGGCGAGCGCAUUCGAGGCUAUGCGGGCAGCCCAUUCUACAUCGCCCCGGAGGUGCUGGGCGGAGCGUACGCAUUCGAGUGCGACGUGUGGUCGCUGGGCGUGGUGCUGUACGUGCUGCUCGCACAGAAGCUGCCCUUCUGGCACGACUCGGACGCGGGUGUCUACAAGCUGAUCCUCAAGGGCCACGUGGACACGCGCACCGGGCCCUGGACCAGCAUCUCCAGGGAUGCUAAGGGGCUCGUGCACCGCAUGCUGACUGGCAAGUCGUGUGAGGGGCGGCAGCGCCACCUUCAUCCUUCUGCCUUCCGUGCUUCCCUUCUAAUUGACAUCCCUUCCCUCCACUCAUCCCCCUCCCUCAUCCCAUUCGUCUCGCUCACUUCUUCCCUCGUCUCGUCUCUCCCUCUGCCCUUCUCCCUCGGUCUCUCCCUCUGCCGUUCUCCCUCCUCUCCCUUGGCACUUCUCUCUCCGCCUCUCCGUCCCUGCAGAGCACCCAUGGGUGGUUGCGAAUCAAUGCGAGGUGCCAGAAGCACCGCCGCCACCAUCAGAGGCAGAGACAAAGCAGGCCAAGAGGCGAAGAGCCAUCGCCCGGUCACGAGCCAACAUCAUCGCCUCCUUCCGCCUUCCCUUCUGCCUCACCCCACUCACCAAUGA